GCAGCUGAUAGUCGGGGACGAGGAUGAAGCAGAUAUGAACCCCAUGGUGUUCCUGUGCGCUGGGUGCAGGCGGCCGGUUGGGGACACGCUGAGCUGGGUGACCAGCGACGAGAAGGAGGGCUGCAUCCUCCUGAGCAGUGCGGCCAGCAGCGUCUCGGUGGACGUGGACCGGCAGCUCUCCAAGCGGCCCGGAGAGAGCGGAUGCAUGAUAGAAGUGUUAUUCUGCUCUGGCUGCUCAAUGGUACUUGGCAGCAUUUACAGAUACACCCCAAAGCAUCUUGACUACAAGAGGGAUUUGUUCUGUUUCAGUGUUGACUCUCUUGAGAGUUACAUUCUAGGAUCCUCAGAAAAGCAAGCUGUUACUGAAGAUGAACCUUUAACUCUUGAGAGUCGAGCUGUUGUGGAAGACAUGCUACUGAAGGUAUACACUAUAUUAAAUGUUCUGGAGACAAAAAUUGCUGCUGUUGAAUUGAGUAUAGCUUCUCUUCACAAAGGAAUCUGAAAGAAAUUACGUGCAGGAGGCUUAACUGCAGGAGAAUGGUGUAGGUGAAAUUUGUCCUUGCAAUCCUCUGGAGUGUGUGGGAGCACUGCAAAAGCUGUGCAGAGAACUGAAAGACAUUGGCUUGUUCUGUAGUAGAACAAUGCUGAUUAUGAGUCUUCAUCACAGACAAGGAGCUCCUCUCCUUUCUGUUAAAAGAAUACAACAGACAGAAACUUUUUUUUUUUAAAUCAAAUUUCUGUAGACAUUUGGUUUAUAUGUAAAUAUGUGUUUAAAUUUUUGUCUUGGAAAGUAAAGCAUUUAUUUCUUGACUCCCCUGCUAUUCAGUAUGUACUGAACUGGGUGUGCAUCUCCUUCCUAAACCCAUAAAACAAAAAAAACCCUGUGAUGUCUGAAAGAACAACAUGUGUCCUUUCUCUUGUCUCCACAGCCUUUGCUUGACCUGUGCUCAGAGACCGGAACGGUGCAGUGUGUGUAUCGGGUGGUUGUUAUAGUUUUGUUCUGCAAGCUCGAGGCUAAAAAUGUUUUUGAAGUAUUUUUCUACGUUACAUUAGAUAAAAUGGUUUUUCAUGCAGUAUUGAAGGUCAUACGAUUUACAGCCUCAAGGGAAGGCAAGCAAACAAGGCUGGCAGCAGCGCACCUUUAAGCAAAGCUUGGUGUAUUUGCUUUGGUGUAUUUGUAUACAACAAAUGCAAAAUACCAGUUAAAAACACUUGUUGUUA